UCCAACCCCUGGAUGACACUCCACAACCCAUGAAAAUCCCAGCACCGCUUCCUAGCCACGAAAUCCUUCCAAGCUAGUCCCCACCCCGGAGCAGUUCCAUGUCCACGCCGAGUGAAGAACGACGAAGCUGAGUGAGCCGUGAGCUAGAUAGCAGGAUUACAAUUUACUCAGUCCGGGGAUAGGGACAUUGGAUCUUCACUCCUUGCGGUUACUAGUUCUUGUGGCUGUGGACUCUCGAUCUCCAUGUAGCCACUCGUUGCAGUCGCGAGAAUGGUGGUCUCAUUCUCAUAGCCCGUGUUGCCCUGCACGCCCAUGGUGGGAGGUCUAGUGCUCCCCCACUCUCAGCACCAGGUCGCCACGCCAAGAACCACCGCCGCGCCGGCGCCGUCGACGCAGGCGCUGGAGCAGGCGCCAUGCUGCACCACGGUCUCGGCGCGUGGUGGCCUGGACGAGGUCCGGAAGGCGCACGCGCGGCACGUCAAGCUCGGCCUCGACCGCUCCCCGCGGCACGCGCGGCCGCUCCUCGCGGCGUGCGCGCUCGGGGACUGGCCGGGCAGCAUGCAGUACGCGGCGGCCAUCUUCGCCACGCUCGACGACCCGGAGGCGUUCGACUACAACACCCUGAUGCGCGGCCACGUCGUCGGUGCCCGCGACCCCGCGGCCGCGCUGCGGCUGUACGUCGACAUGCUGCACAACGGCGUCGAUCCCGACGGCUACACGUUCCCGUUCGUCCUCAAGGCGUGCGCGCAGCUCGCCGCCUCGCGACAAGGGAGGCAGCUGCAGGGACACGCCACGAAGCUCGGCUUCUCCCGGCACAACGAGCACGUGCAGAACAGCCUCAUCAGCUUCUACGGCAAGUGCGGCGAGGCGGAGCUGGCGCGCCGGGCGUUCGAGCAGAUGGAGGCCGGGGAGAGGACGGCGGCGUCCUGGAGCGCGCUGCUCGCCGCGUACACGAGGGCCGGGCUGUGGGCUGAGUGCCUCGAGGCGUUCGGCGCGAUGGCGCGCGACGGGUGGAGGCCCGACGAAAGCUCCAUGGUGAGCGCGCUCUCGGCGUGCGCCCACCUGGGCGCCUACGACGUCGGCCGGAGCGUCCACUGCGCGCUGCUGAGGAACACGGCGAGGCUCAACACGUUCAUGGAGACGUCCAUGGUGGACAUGUACGCCAAGUGCGGCUGCAUCGAGAAGGCGACGGCGGUGUUCGACGGGAUGGGCGGCGGGAAGAACGUCUGGACGUACAGCGCCAUGGUGUCCGGUUUGGCGCUGCACGGGGACGGGCGGAAGGCGCUGCAGGUGUUCGACGCGAUGGUCAGUGAGGGACACAGGCCCGACGAGGCCGUGUACGUCGGCGUGCUGAACGCUUGCAGCCGCUCCGGGCUGCUCGACGAAGGGCUCCGGUGCUUCGACCGGAUGCGGCUGGAGCACAUUGUGGCUCCCAACGCGCAGCACUACGGCUGCAUGGUGGACCUCUUGGCCCGCGCCGGGAGGCUGGAAGAGGCGCGCGCACUCAUCGGGAACAUGCCCACGGGUCCGACAGACUCGGCAUGGCGGAGCCUGCUCAACGCCUGCCGGAUCCACGGUGACAUUGAGCACGCCGAACGCGCGCUGAGGGAGCUGGCGCGCCUCGGCGGCGCAGCUAACGCCGGCGACUACAUAAUCGUCGCGGACAUGCACGCCAGCGCCAAGAACUGGGACGCGGCGGCGGCGCUCCGGGUGCAGGCGGUGGACAGGGGCCUAGCGCAGGCGCAGGGCUUGAGCGCCGUGGAGGUGCACGGCAGGAUGCACCGGUUCGUGUCUCAGGACCGGUCGCAUCCUCGGACGGCCGACAUCUACGAGAUGCUCCACCAGAUGGAGUGGCAGCUCCGGUUCGAGGGGUACAAGCCCGACACGACGGAUGUGGCGCUGGACGUCAACGACGAGGAGAAGCUGCGCGCCGUCGCCGCGCACAGCCAGAAGCUGGCAAUGGCGUUCGGCCUGCUCAGCACGCCGGAAGGGACUCCGGUGAGGGUCGUCACCAACCUCCGGAUGAGCAAAGAGUGUCACGCGUACAGCGCGCUGAUAUCGGAGAUCUUCGGGAGGGAGGUCGUCGUCAGAGACCGGAACCGUUUCCACCGGUUCAGGCGUGGUGCCUGCAGCUGCGGGAACUACUGGUAGUGCCAGGCAUUAAGCCAUUAACUGUGAAUUGUAUGAUGUUAUGGAUGUUGUAAAUAUCACAGGCAUUUCCUAA